AUGAAAAAAUUAAAUUUAAAUGAUUAUUUUAAUUUGCAGUAUUAUAAAAGUGUAUUUUUAAGUUUUUUAAAAAAUGAUAACAAGACAAGUAUUUUCAAUAUGCCAUUGAGAGAUCAUAAUAUAGAUGAUACAGUAAUUAGGUCUUUUUUAAAAUCGAAAGAUUUAUCUGAAAAUGAUAAAAAAAUAGUAGAAUUAUAUAAUGAUAAGAAAAUAAGCAAAAUCAUGUUGGUUAAAUAUAUUGGAAGGAAAGACAAAACGUGGUUUAGAGGAAAGAUACAUUUAAUGUUAGUAUUUUUAUCUCCGAUAUGGAUAUUUCAUAUGCUAAAUUUAUCAAAAACACUUACGACAAAAAUAUGUACAUCUGUAGCAAUACUGUGUAUUUUUUUUAAUUUUUUUGCAUCUUUUUUAUUCCACAAUUUUGAAUGGAACCCACAUUUUUUUUUUUUUAUUGAAAAAUUGGAUCAUUUUGGUAUUUUCUUAAUGAUAAGCGGAUCUUCAUUACCUGUACAGGCAUUAUUAUUCAAUAAAGGGAAACUCCUAUUAUUUAUAUCACUUCAAUCUAUGUCUAUAUUAUUUGGAUUUUUGUGUAUUUUUUGCGGUUGUUUUUCUUCAGGAAAUAGAUUUAUAAGAACAUUUACUUUUUUAUCAGCAGGGUUCUUACAUUCAGUAUUUAUAAAGGAUUAUUUUAUUUCAUUAUAUACUAGUGAAUUAAUAUUUUUAGUAUCAUUAGCUGUUUUGUAUGUUAUUGGAGCUGUUAUAUAUUCAAUAAAAAAACCAAACGUCCUUCCAGGUCUAAUUGGGUUUCAUGAAUUAUUUCAUUUUUGUUGCUUAGGAAGUGCCCUUUGUACUUUUGCUCUAAAUUGUAGUGUUAUAAAAAGAAACACGCAAUAA